AUGGGCCCCCCGAGGCCUGCGCUGCUGCCGCUGCUGCCGCUGCUGCUACUGAUCUCCGCCAGCGCCCGGGCCAGAGACACCGUGCUGGAAGAUGUCAGCCCGAGCUGUCCAAAAGAUGCAACGCGAUUCAAGCACCUCAGGAAAUAUGUAUACAACUAUGAGGCUGAGAGUUCCAGUGGAGUCCCCGGGACUGCUGAUUCAAGAAGCUCCACCAAGAUCAACUGCAAGGUUGAGCUGGAGGUCCCCCAACUCUGCAACUUCAUCCUGAAGACGAGCCACUGCACCCUGAAAGAGGUGUAUGGCUUCAACCCUGAGGGCAAGGCCUUGCUGAAGACGGCCAAGAACACUGAGGAGUUUGCUGCCGCCAUGUCCAAGUACGAUCUCAGGCUGGCUGUUCCUGAAGGGAAGAAAGUUUUACUUUACCCAGAGAAAGAAGAGCCUAAACACAUCCUGAACAUCAAGAGGGGCAUCAUUUCUGCCCUCCUGCUUCCCCCGGAUACAGAAGAGGCUAAACAAGUGUUAUUUCUGGACACCGUGUAUGGAAACUGCUCCAGUGACGUUACCGUUAAAACAAGGAAGGGAAAUGUGGCAACAGAAAUAUCCAUUGAAAGAAACCUGGAGAACUGUGAUCACUUCCAGCCCAUUAGCACGGGAGUUAGCCCCCUUGCUUUGAUCAAAGGCAUGACCCGCCCCUUGUCAACGCUGAUUGGCAGCAGCCAGUCCUGCCAGUACAACCUGGACCCUAAGAGGAAGCACGUGUCAGAAGCCAUCUGCAAGGAGCAACACCUGUUCCUGCCUUUCUCCUAUAAGAAUAAGUAUGGGAUGAUGGCACAGGUUACACAGACUUUGAAACUUGAAGACACACCUAAGAUCAACAGCCGCUUCUUUGAUGAAGGUACCGAGGCGGUGGGUCUUGCCUUUGAGAGCACCAAGUCCACAUCACCUGCAAAGCAGGCCGAGGUCAUCGUGAAGACCCUGCAGGAGCUGCAGAAACUGCAUGUCUCCGAGCAGAAUGCCCAGAGAGCUAACCUCUUCCAUAAACUGGUGACUGAGCUGCGAGCCCUCAGCAAUGAGGCAGUCACAUCCCUCUUGCCAAAGCUGAUCGAGGUGUCCAGCCCCAUCACUUUACAAGCCUUGAUUCAAUGCGGACAGCCCCAGUGUUACACUCACAUCCUCCAGUGGCUGAAAAGUGAGAAAGCCAACCCCCUUCUGAUCGAUGUUGUGACCUACCUGGUGGCCUUGAUCCCAAAGCCCUCUGCCGAGAGGCUGCAGGCAAUCUUUAACAUGGCAAAGGAGCAGCAGAGCCGAGCCACAUUGUAUGCUCUGAGUCACGUGAUCAACAAUUAUCAUAAGACAAACCCUACGGGGACACAGGACCUGCUGGAAAUUGCUGACUACCUGUCGGAACAGAUUAGCAAUGACUGCACUGGGAACGAAGAUCACACCUACUUGAUUCUGAGGGUCAUUGGAAAUAUUGGUAGAACCAUGGAGCAACUAACCCCAAAACUCCCAUCUUCAGUCCUGAAAUGCAUCAAAAGUAGACAGCCAUCACUGCUGAUUCAGAAGGCUGCCAUCCAGGCCCUGCGGAAGAUGGAGCUUAGACACGAGGUCCGGGAAGUCCUACUUCAGACUUUCCUCGAUGACACCUCUCCAGGGGAUAAGCGACUGGCUGCCUAUCUCAUGCUGAUGGGCGGCCCUUCCCAGUCGGAUAUUAACAAAAUCACCCAACUCCUCCCACGGGAACAGAAUGAGCAAGUGAAGAACUUUGUGGCUUCCCACAUCGCCAACAUCUUAAACUCAGAAGAGCUGCACGUCCGGGAGUUGAAAAAGUUAGUGGAAGAAGCUCUGAAAAAAUCUCAACUUCCAACCGUCAUGGACUUCAGAAAGUUUUCCCGGAACUAUCACCUUUCCAAAUCUAUUUCUCUUCCAUCACUUGACCCAGUCUCAGGCAAAAUCGAAGGGAAUCUUAUAUUUGAUCCAAGUAAUUACCUUCCUAAAGAAAGCAUGCUGAAAAUGACCCUCUCAGUCUUUGGAUUUGCUCCAGCUGACCUCUUUGAGAUUGGUUUGCAAGGAAAAGGCUUUGAGCCAACAUUGGAAGCUCUUUUUGGGAAGCAAGGAUUUUUCCCAGACAGUGUCAACAAGGCUUUGUACUGGGUUGAUGGUCAAGUUCCUGAUCGUGUCUCCAAGGUCUUGGUGGAUCACUUUGGCUACAACAAAGAUGAUAAACGUGAGCAGGACAUGGUCAACGGAAUUAUGCUCAACGCUGAGAAGCUGAUCAAAGAUUUGAAAUCCAAAGACUUCCCAGAAGCCAGAGCCUACCUCCACAUCUUGGGCGAAGAGCUUGGCUUUGUCAAGCUCCAGGACCUCCAGCUCCUGGGGAGGCUGCUGCUGAACGGUGUCCGUACCCUGCAGGGCGUCCCUCAGAUGAUUAAAGAGCUCGUGAGGAAAGGUUCAAAGGGUGACUUGUUUCUUCACUACAUCUUCAUGGACAAUGCCUUUGAACUCCCCACCGGACUUGGAUUACAACUGCAGGUGUCCUCCUCCGGAGUCAUCGCUCCUGGAAUCAAGGCUGGAGUGAAACUGGAAGUAGCCAGUAUACAGGCAGAACUGGUGACAAAGCCGUCUGUGUCUGUGGAGUUUGUGACAAAUAUGGGCAUCAUCAUUCCGGGCUUUGCUAGGAAUGGGGUCCAGAUGAACACCAACUUCUUCCACGAGACAGGCCUGGAGGCGAGAGUAGCCCUGAAAGCUGGGCAGCUGGAGUUCAUCGUUCCUUCUCCUAAGAGGCCAGUCAGACUGUUCAGUGGCAGUAACACAUUGCAUCUGGUGUCUACCACCAAAACGGAAGUGAUCCCGCCUCUCGUUGAGAACAGGCAGUCCUGGUCAACUUGCAAGCCUUUCUUUAUUGGCCUGAACUACUGCACCACGGUCGCUUAUUCCAACGCCAGCUCCACAGACUCUUCUUCCUACUACCCGCUGACUGGGGACACCAGAUUUGAACUGGAACUGAAGCCAACAGGAGAAGUAGAGCAGUAUUCUGCCGGGGCAUUCUACGAACUCCAGAGAGAUGGUGAAGCUUUGGUGGACAUGCUGAAGUUUGUAACUCAGGCAAAAG